AUGAGACUUGCUGUAUAUGCAUUCACAUGGCUUUUCAUGGUUACUUCAAUCACAUGCAGUGUAAUCAAACUUGUGCCCUCAAAUGCUUUGCAUAUAAAAGGCAGGCCUUUGGCAACAUACUUCUCAGCUGUUAAGGUUGUUCCUGUGCCAAACAAUACAUUACUCCAGACAUCAUCUGUAAGUGUAAAGCCUGUAUCAAACACAGCAGCAGUCAUUAGCAACAUUCCACGAUUUUCAUCACCAGUGGUUGUCAAGCAGAUGCCUCAAAAUAUCUCUAAUUCACAAGCAAGUACUUCGAAUACAUACAAUGUUGUACAAUCUCCAGCUUUACAUAUGAAUACGUAUGCACAACACACACAACCCGUAGCAGUGACACAUCAUCUAGUAACAGCACAACCUGUACAACCUGCUGCAAUAGUCAAACCAUAUGAUGUACCUGUACUUGCUCAGCGAUCUAUACAACCUGUACAACAUUUAAUAACAGCACAACCUAUACAACCUGCUGCAAUAGUCAAACCAUAUGAUGUACCUGUACUUGCUCAGCGAUCUAUACAACCUGUACAACAUUUAAUAACAGCACAACCUAUACAACCUGUAGUAGUAACACAACCUAUAUAUAAACCACAGCAACCUAUUAUGCAACUUGUUUUUCAGCCAUACACACAGACAACAUCUGCUACACAUCCACUGAAUAACCAGAACUCUAGAAUGUUUAUGAGUCCAAUUAGAGUGGCUGUCGAUCAAAGCUCACUAGUUCCCAUGAUGAAUGGAUUUAAUAUGGUCAAAGCAAUAAGCAAAAGCGUCGGAGUAAUCUGCAAUAUGCUCAAAACUAUCAGCACCAGAAAACCACAGAUAAACACACAACCACAGUACUUUGCACCAACCAUUCCAAGCACUACAUACGUACAACCAUCUGCCAUAACCGUCACAAAAACAAUCUCCAUGGUUCCAACUCAACCUCAAACACUCAUCCCUGCAUACACAGCAUCUGUAGUACAGCCAUCUACCGUGAUCAAGUAUGUUGCACAACCUGCAAGUACUGAACCAAAGAUUCUACAGGGAUGGAUCACACGUAAGGUUCUCUGCAAUACCGUAGUUGCAAGAUGCAUCGUUCAAAAUGAAAUGCAGACAAAUGAACGCACAAAUGACCAGACAGAUGAUGUAAAGCAGCAAUACACAACAAACAAUAAUGAAGAUGAUGUAAAUGCUAAAACGAAUGUAUCUGAAAACACUCAAGAUACUGCUAAUAAUCCAAAUGAAAAAGAAAGUGAUGAAUCCACUUCAAGUGAGGAAUCUUCUGAUUCAUCAUCAUCUGAUACAUCAGAUAGAUCUGUGGAUGACUGUACAGAGAGACAAUCAAAACCUCCAUAUGUUUUAAAAGGUAGUGAAAAUGAUCAAACAGACAAUGAAUAUCAAUAUCAAUCAUCACCAAGCAUAGGCAAUGCGAUUUCAUACAACAGCAUAGGCACAGGUGAUAAUCAAGAUCAGAUUGUGUAUCUAAGUGAUCUGAUAUAA